AAGGAGAACGAGAAAAACAUUUGGUUUUCGUUUUUGCUCUGCGCGCGAUAGCCUGCGGCUGUUUUGCGGGCAUAAUUUAUACAAAUUUAUCCAUAAAACAAACAAAUAUUGUUCUUAUGUAUGUUUAUAAUAAACAACAAAAAACACAAGUGACGAUAGCUUAAGCCUAUGAUCGAAACUACAGUAAAAUGAUAAGUUAUACGAGCAACCUUUCGGCGUAACUAAAAUGCCUUGAGGGGCUUUUUAAACAAAAAAAAGAAAAACUAUCAAGAAAGCAAAGAGGUACGACUUCGCGACUGUAUAAAAUAUUACGUGUCAACCAGAAACUAACAUCAGGACAAGAACCUAAGCUCGCACAAUUUGAAACGCAAACAACCUUCCUGAACUGUUCAACGCCGCCAACGACAACGACCACGACGUUUUUAAUAAUUAUCAGCACCACAAUGGCCAACAUAGUUCCUGAUUUAAUUAUCUGCGGUUUAAUCCUGGUUUCGCUGCUGGUGAUACAUUUUUUCUCGGAUUUGAUGAGAGUGAGUUUGGGUGGAUAUUACACUCAGAAGACACUGUCACAACUUGUAGAAUCUCAGGCCAAAGAAUACUCCUGGUUGCUUAAACUUAUAGUCAAUUGUUUUGGCUAUAGCUGUGUAUUUGUACCUGGUUACCUAAUCUAUAAAUAUGUUAAUCGCACAAGUUAUUUGGAGAAAACAAAUCAAACAAUUAUCCAUUCGGCAGUUCGAAUGUGCAUCACUGGAACUAUCCACAACGACAGCGAACGCAUCGAUUCUUCACAAACAAAAACUCCACCAGGACUGUCAUCACCUGCCGCAAGCUCAGUUAGCAGCUCCAUAAAACGCACAAGUUCCCAGGAGGCCGUUUUGCUAACUUAUUGUUUUGCUGGCCUUAUGUGUUCCUAUCUUACAUGGGGUGUUCUUCAAGAGAAAAUCAUGACACAAGAGUAUGUGAAUUUCGAAGGGAAAACCUCACAUUUCAAGGAUUCGCAGUUCCUUGUUUUUGCAAAUCGAUUACUAGCCUUCAGCAUAGCUGGCAUAUGCAUACGAAUGAGACAAGAGCCACGUCAUCGAACGCCCCUCUACAAGUAUUCAUUUGCUUCGUUUUCGAACAUUAUGAGUGCUUGGUUCCAAUAUGAAGCCUUAAAGUUUGUCAAUUUUCCGACUCAAGUUCUGGCUAAGUCAUGUAAAAUCAUUCCGGUGAUGCUGAUGGGAAAGUUCAUGUCACGCACAAAAUACGAAUGCUAUGAGUACCUGACGGCAGUAAUGAUAUCGGUUGGAAUGGUUUUUUUUAUGACUGGUAGUGCAGAAGAAAAGCGAGUUUCUUCGGUAACAACAAUUACGGGAGUAUUCCUCUUAGUAAUGUACAUGGUUUUUGAUAGUUUUACAACGAAUUGGCAAGGUGCACUAUUCAAAGCUUAUUCUAUGUCACCAAUUCAAAUGAUGUGUGGAGUCAAUUUGUCAAGUACGAUAUUUACAGCGGCAUCGCUAUCAAUGCAAGGAGGAUUUAUGGAUUCAUUGACUUUUGCCUCUGAACAUCCAAAGUUCAUAUUUGAUUGUAUAGUUUUGUCGAUAAGUUCCACAAUUGGACAGCUGUUUAUAUUUUAUACAAUUUCUGUGUUCGGUCCAGUUGUGUUUACAAUAAUAAUGACAUUGCGGCAGGCCGCUGCUAUAAUGCUGUCGUGCAUCAUAUACAAUCACAGCAUAUCUGUUUUAGGAGUCUUCGGAGUUCUAAUUGUUUUCCUUGCUAUAUUUCUCCGAGUGUAUUGUAACCAAAGAAUAAAGGCUAUUCGCAGUCGAGCAGAAGCGAUACGUCCCAAACUAUCAGUUUAGUAACUUAUAAGAAUCAAAAGAACAAAAAAUCGAAUUUUUAAGAAGACGUAAUUAUGUAUAAGUAAUCGUAGUGCUUCUGUAGAUAGACUGUUGUUAAUAUAUAUACAUAAUAUAUAUGUACGUAAAAGUUCUUAACGAUAUACCAGACGAAAAUAUUGUAAAAUGUUUUAUGCUUAUUUUAUUUACUUAAGACAAAAAAGUCUCGCGGUAGUAACUUUACUAAAAAAUAUUAUUUAUUUAUCGGAUUAUGUUAUUGAUUAAAGUAAAAUUUUAUUGGAACAAAUAAUAAAUCAUUGUGUAAUAGUAUUUAUAAAUAGUAAUUAUAUAUAUUUUUUAUAUUGUUGUAAAUCUAAUAUAUAAUAUAUGAGUAUGUGUAUGUAUUUAAAAAAAAAAGUUCAAAAAAUUAUUGUUUAAUAUUUUACAUUGUGUCAUUAAAUUUUAAUGAAAAAUAAAAAUCAUGUUAUAUU